AUGGCAAUUACUAUCUAUUUUAUCGCCACUAGCCUCCCCGACUGCCUUGCCUCCGUUCGUGACGCGCUUCUCCUGAAGCACCCUAGUGAGCUCACUGUUGACGUCCUUGAGUCUGCACUCAAGGACGUCGAGAGUAACCUCCGCUCCGUGGCCGCUGCCUCUGGUGCUGUGCCCCCCCCACUCUUCCACGGGUGCACAGUCCCGCAGUUGCCCACCUUUACUGCCUCUCUCGCCACUGCCGCUACUGACGCGACCGCAGCUGCUGUUACGACUUCCACGACACUUACGCCACUUCCUGCGCCUGUCUCUGUGGCGCUGGCUGAUCCCACCUUGGGACCAGUCACUGCGCGUCACACUACCACUUUGCCGUGUCUUGUUGCUCCCUCCGGGUCUCUCACUGGGUUUCAUGUCCCCUCGUUCUCCCGGAACUUGGUGGUUACGUCCCCUCAGGUAGUCGUGUCUAGUCCAGUCGCUGCGUCUUGCUCCUGCCAGUCGCUUGCCCACCCCACCGUUCUGUGGCACCACCGGAUGGGACACCCUUCUCUUCCACGUCUGCGCGCUAUGUCUAGUCAGCGUCUGGUCUUAGGUCUCCCGCGUGUCUUGCUGUCGCUGCCGCCGUCCCUUGCACCACCGUGCGGUCCUUGCGUCGAGGGUCGGCUGCGCGCCACCCCUCACUCCUCCUCCCUUCGUCCGGCCACCGAGCCGUUUGAGACGCUUCACUUGGACGUCUGGGGCCCCGCCUCUCGCCUUGGCCCUGAGCGUGAGCGUUUCUUUCUGGUGGUCGUUGACGACUACUCCCGCUACACCACGGUGUUCCCCCUGGCGAAGAAGUCUGAGGUGACUUCUACGCUGAUCAGGUGGUUGCUCACCACCGCGGACACUCGUGGUCUUCGUGUCAGCUGUCUUCACUCCGACCGCGUGGAGUCCCCACAGCAGAAUGGGGUUGCUGGGCGCCGCAUAGGCUUGGUCAUGGAGAUCGCCCGCACCUCCCUGACUCACGCCCGUGCCCCCCAUUUUCUGUGGCCUUACGUGGUUCGAUACGCCGCGCACCAGCUGAACCUCUGGCCACGCGUCUCUUGGCCAGAGGCUUCGCCGACCAGUCUUUGGACCGGGUCCCCUGGUGUUGCGUCGAGGUUUCGUGUUUGGGGUUGCUUGGCUCUUGUCCGCGACACCUCUGCGGACAAGCUCUCGCCUCGCGCCGUUCCUUGUGUCUUCCUUGGUUUCCCUGAGGACUCCUCUGACUUCACCUUUUACCACCCUCCCUCUCACCGGUUCUUUGACUCCCGUGACGUCCGUUUUGAGGAGUCCACCCCGUACUACGUCAGGUGUCUCCCAGGCUACCCCUCCUCCUUCGGUAGCCCCUCCGGUACAGCCUCCCUCCCCACAGUCCUCCUCGCAGCGUGCCGCAGGUGCUAG